UCGGACAUUUACUCGAGGGCAGGUUAUGGAUUGUCGUUAUCACCGAACACCCCUCAUUGCCUCGGGUUCCCUCUCGGCGGUUUUGAGCAGGCAGACAGUGUGACCUCUGCUGUGUCCGAGGCAGAUGGGAGACGGAGGACUUGAGACGAGUGACACGAUGUGGGGGGUCCCGCAGACCCCAUCGCCCCCACCAUCAUCAUCCCCCCACGAAACACCAGCGUGAUCUCGGGGACCUCUGAGGUGACCAUGGAGUGCGUCGCCAAUGCCAGGCCACUUAUCAAACUGAGCAUUUCCUGGCGGAAGGACGGUGUCCUGGUGACCAGCGGCCUGAGUGACUUCAACCGCCAGCUGACCAUCCUGAGCCCCGCGGUCAGCGAUGCAGGAUUCUACGAGUGUGAGGCCAUCCUGCGCAGCAGCAGUGUGCCCUCGGUCAGCGCCGGAGCCUACCUGCACGUUCUAGAGCCCCCUCAGUUUGUCAAGGAGCCAGACAGACACAUCACUGCAGAAAUGGAGAAAGUGGUGGACAUCCCCUGCCAGGCCAGAGGCGUGCCUCAGCCUGAGAUCGUGUGGUACAAGGACGCUGUGCCCGUCAGCCACGUGAAGACCCUGCGGUACCGCGUCUUAAGUGGGGGCAGCCUACAGGUCAACGGCCUCCUGCCGGAUGACACCGGAAUGUUCCAGUGCUUUGCCCGCAAUCCUGCCGGGGAGGUGCAGACCAACACCUACCUCGCUGUCACCAGUAUCGCCCCGAACAUCACCGCGGGGCCCUCGGACAGCACCGUGAUCGAUGGCAUGUCUGUGAUCCUGCACUGUGAGACCUCGGGAGCCCCCCGCCCAGCCAUCACAUGGCAGAAAGGAGAGCGUAUCCUGGCCAGCGGCUCGGUCCAGCUUCCACGGUUCACACUGCUGGAGUCCGGCAGCCUGCUCAUCAGCCCCUCCCACAUCUCGGACGCCGGCACCUACACUUGCAUGGCCAGCAACUCCCGAGGCAUCGACGAAGCGUCCGCCGAGCUCGUCGUCUGGGCCCGAACCCGGAUUACAAGCCCUCCCCAGGACCAGAGUGUCAUCAAGGGGACCAAAGCCAUCUUGACUUGCGGUGUGACUCACGAUCCAAGUGUUACUGUCAGGUACACUUGGGAGAAAGGAAGCUCCGUCAUCAACCCCGAUUCUGUCCCCCGCAUCCGCAUGGACCCCGACGGUACCCUUCACAUCUCCCAGACCUGGUCGGGGGACAUCGGCACCUACACCUGCCACGUCACCUCCGUGGGGGGCAACGACUCGCGCAGCGCCCACCUCCGCGUCAGGCAGCUUCCUCAUGCGCCGGAAAACCCCGUAGCGACACUGAGCUUGAUAGAGAAGAGAGCCAUCAACCUGACCUGGGCCAAACCCUUUGACGGGAACAGCCCGCUGAUCCGCUACAUCCUGGAGGUGUCUGAGAACAACGCACCCUGGACGGUACUGCUGGCGAACAUCGAACCCGAGUCCAACAUGGUCACAGUAGGCGGGCUCAUCCCUGCACGCUCUUAUCAAUUCCGGAUCUGUGCCGUCAACGAUGUGGGGAAAGGGCAGUUCAGCAAGGAAACAGACCGGCUGUCUCUCCCAGAGGAGCCCCCCAGCGCCCCCCCGCAGAACGUCAUCGCCAGUGGGCGCACCAACCAGUCCAUCAUGAUCCAGUGGCAGCCUCCUCCGGAGACCCACCAGAACGGCAUCUUGCGGGGCUACAUCAUCCGGUACUGCCUGGCGGGGCUGCCAGUAGAGUACCAGUUUAAAAACAUCACCAACCCCGACGUGACGAACCUCCUGCUGGAGGACCUCAUCAUCUGGACCAACUACGAGAUCGAGGUGGCCGCCUACAACGGGGCCGGGCUGGGCGUGUACAGCCACACAGUGACCGAGUGGACUCUGCAGGGAGUGCCGACGGUCCCUCCCGGUAAUGUCCAGGCUGAGGCUGUGAACUCCACCACCGUCCGCUUCACCUGGACCCCCCCGAGCCCACAGUUCAUCAAUGGCAUCAACCAGGGCUACAAGCUGUUGGCAUGGGAACCAGGCAAGGAGGAGGAGGUUACCGUGGUAACUGUGAGGCCCAACUUCCAGGACAAUGUCCAUGUGGGGUACAUCACAGGCCUGAAGAAGUUCACCGAGUAUUUCAGCUCAGUCCUGUGCUUCACCACGCCCGGAGACGGCCCUCGCAGUGCCUCCCACGCCCUGCGCACACACGAGGACAUUCCCGGCGCUGUGGGUCACCUGAGUUUCACUGAGAUCCUGGACACGUCUCUGAAAGUGAGCUGGAGGGAGCCCAACGAGAAGAACGGCAUCCUGACAGGGUACCGCAUCUCCUGGGAGGAGUACAAUCGCACCAACACGCGGGUCACCCACUACCUGCCCAACGUCACCCUGGAGUACCGGGUGACGGGCCUCACUGCCCUCACCACCUACACCAUCGAGGUGGCUGCCAUGACCUCCAAAGGCCAGGGCCAGCUGUCAUCAUCCACCAUCUCCUCCGGUGUCCCCCCAGAGCUGCCUGGCCCGCCGACCAACAUGGCCAUAUCCAACAUCGGCCCCCGCUCUGUCACUCUGCAGUUCAAGCCCGGCUACGAUGGCAAAACCUCCAUCUCCAGGUGGCAGGUGGAGGCACAGAUCACGGUGAUUGGUGAAAAUGAGGAGUGGGUGCUGGUCCAUCAGGUGCCCAACGAACCAGACGCCCGCUCCCUGGAGGUGCCCAACCUCAACCCCUAUACCUUCUACAGGUUUCGAAUGCGCCAGGUGAACAUAGUCGGCACGAGCCCCCCCAGCCAGCCCUCCCGGAAGAUCCAAACCCUGCAGGCCCCCCCGGACAUCGCCCCCGCCAACGUCACUCUGCGCACAGCCAGCGAGACCAGCCUGUGGCUGCGCUGGGUGCCUCUGCCAGAGUGGGAAUACAACGGGAACCCGGAGUUCGUGGGAUACAGGGUGCAGUACUCACGGACGGGGGCGCAGGGCCGCGCGCUCACCCACGUCAUCCAGGACCGGCUGGAGCGGGAGUUCACCAUCGAGGACCUCGAGGAGUGGACAGAGUAUGAAGUGAGGGUGCAGGCACUCAAUGGCAUCGGCGCCGGGCCCUGGAGCCAGCCUGUCCGCGGCAGAACCCGGGAGUCCGUCCCCUCCUGCGGCCCAACCAACAUCACCGCCUUCGCCACCACCUCCAGCAGCAUCCUGAUCCGCUGGCACGAGGUUCCUGAGCCGGACCGGAAUGGGCUCAUUCUUGGAUACAAGGUGGUGUACAAGGAGAAAGACUCAGAUUCACCCCUGCGGUUCUGGACAGUAGAGGGCAAUGCCACACAAAGUGUCCAGCUUACGGGCCUGGGGAAGUAUGUCCUGUACCAGAUUCAGGUGCUGGCGUUCACCCGGAUCGGAGAUGGGGUCCCCAGCAAACCCCCAAUCCUGGAGAGGACCCUGGAUGAUGUGCCCGGACCCCCAGUGGGUAUUCUCUUCCCUGAGGUGCGGACAAACUCUGUCAGGCUCAUCUGGCAAUCGCCCGCCCAGCCUAACGGCAUCAUUCUUGCGUACCAGAUCACUUACCGCCUGAACUCUACCAGCAGUAACACAGCCACCGUGGAAGUGCUGAACCCCAGCACUCGACAGUUUACUGUGACCGGACUGAAACCCGAGUCUGUGUAUGUGUUCCGCAUAACAGCACAGACAAGGAAAGGCUGGGGGGAAGUGGCUGAGGCCCUGGUGGUCACCACAGAGAAGAGAGCCCGGCCCCAGCCCACCAGCAGGCCAACAGUCCAGCAGGAAAACGUGCAGGCCCGCAGUGUGCUGUUGUCAUGGGAACCAGGCAGCGAUGGGCUCUCUCCCGUUCGAUAUUACACGGUCCAGUUGAGAGAGCUCCCUAACAAGAACUGGACUGUCCACUCAGCCUCUGUCAGCCACGAGGCAACCUCUUACAUUGUGAACAGACUGAAGCCCUUCACUUCCUACCAGUUCAGAGUCAAAGCGACCAAUGAUAUUGGAGAUAGCGAGUACAGCGAAGAGAGUGAAGCCAUCACCACACUGCAGGACGCCCCGGACGCGGCUCCUGUAAUCCUCUCUGUUACACCUCACACCACGACAUCUGUGCUGAUUCGCUGGCAGCCCCCCUCGGAGGAGCACAUCAACGGCAUCCUCCUGGGCUUCCGGAUCCACUACCGCGAGCUGCUGUACGAGCGGCUCCGCAGCUUCACCGUGCGCACCUUCAACGGCCCCACGGCCACCUGGGCCGAGCUGACCUCGCCCUACAGCGUGAGGAACCUGACAGAGUCCUCCCUCACCCAAUACGAGCUGGACAACCUGAGCAAACACAAGCGCUAUGAGAUCCGUCUGAGUGUCUACAACGCCGUGGGGGAGGGGCCCACCAGCGCACCACAGGAAGUGUUUGUGGGAGAGGCGGUUCCUACUGCCCCGCCCCAGAAUGUGGCUAUCCAAUCAGCAACUGCCACACAGCUCGAUGUCACCUGGGACCCGCCCCCUCUGGAGGCUCAGAAUGGUGACAUCCAGGGAUAUAAGAUCUAUUUCUGGGAGUUCCAGCGGCAGAAUCAGACGGAGCGGCUCCGGACUCUGUUCCUUCCCGAAGGAGGGGUGAAGCUGAAGAACCUGACGGGCUACACCACCUACAUGAUCAGCGUGGCGGCCUUCAAUGCAGCGGGGGAUGGCCCCCGCAGCCCCGCCACCAGGGGGCGCACUCAGCAGGCAGCCCCCAGCGCUCCAAGUUUCAUCCACUUCAGUGAACUGACCACUACCUCAGUCAACGUGUCUUGGGGGGAACCUGUCCACCCAAAUGGCAUUAUUGAGGGAUACCGGCUCAUCUAUGAACCCUGCACGCCAGUAGAUGGCGUCAGUAAGAUCGUGACAGUGGACGUGAAGGGGAGCGCCCCCCUGUGGAUGAAGAUCAAGGACCUGGCCGACGGGGUGACCUAUAACUUCCGCAUCCGGGCCAAGACCUUCGCUUACGGGCCGGAGGUGGAGGCCAACAUCACCACCGGGCCUGGAGAAGGAGCCCCUGGCCCCCCAGGGGAGCCCUUUAUUUCUCGAUACGGCUCGGCUCUCACCCUUCACUGGGCAAAUGGGGACCCCGGGCGAGCCCCCAUAACCCGCUACGUCAUCGAGGCCAGACCCUCAGAUGAGGGAUUGUGGGACAUCCUCAUCAAGGACAUUCCGAAGGAAGUGACAUCAUACACAUUCAAUAUGGAUAUACUGAAACAAGGAGUGAGCUAUGAUUUCCGGGUCAUCGGGGUCAACGACUAUGGCUAUGGUUCACCCAGUGCUCCCUCGCCUUCUAUUUCUGCCCAGAAGGUGGCACCCUUCUACGAGGAGUGGUGGUUCCUGGUGGUGGUCGCGCUGGUGGGGCUCAUCUUUAUCCUGCUGCUGGUUUUCAUCCUGAUCAUUCGUGGGCAGAGCAAGAAAUAUGCGAAGAAAUCUGAUUCAGGGAACAACUCCAACUGCAACGCACUGAGUCAUGGGGAAAUGGUGAGUCUGGAUGAGGGGAGAUUUCCAGCUCUGGAGCUGAACAACCGCAGGCUGUCAGUCAAAAACUCCUUCUGCCGGAAGAAUGGAGUCUACACCAGGUCCCCACCAAGGCCCAGUCCUGGCAGCUUGCAUUACUCCGAUGAGGAUGUCAGCACCAAAUACAACGACCUGAUCCCAGCAGAGAGCAGCAGUCUGACGGAGAAGCCCUCCGAGAUCUCUGACUCCCAGGAGGCGCUUUUCUCUUUAAAGAAUGGCGGUCUUCGUGUUCUUCCACUUCAAUGGGGCAGCGACAGCGAGUACGAAGUGGACCAGAACCGCCAGAAGACCCACUCCUUCGUCAACCACUACAUCAGCGACCCCACCUACUACAACUCCUGGAGGCGCCAGCAGAAGGGCAUCUCACGGGCGCAGGCCUACAGCUACACGGAGAGCGACUCGGGCGAGCCGGAGCACUGCGCGCCCCCUCCGCCCCUACCCCCGCUGCCCCCACUGCCUCCCCAGCUCAACAACACGGCCCAGGCCCAGGCCCAGGCCCAGGCCCAGGGCAGCCUGUUCAGGCCCAAAGGCAGCCGGACUCCCACCCCCCAGCAGCAGCCCUCCAACCCCCCCAGCCAGCACAGCACUCUCUACAGACCCCCCAGCAGCCUGGCGCCAGGGUCUAGAGCUCCUAUCGCUGGCUUCUCCUCCUUCGUUUGACGCCAGACUUUUACUCCGGCGUGUCUAGAUACGAAAAGAACAACCCUUCUUUUUCUUUUGUGAUUUUUGUUUGUUAGUUUUUCUAUUGUUUUUUUUUUAAUUUUUUUAAACUCAGUUAUUUUUAAAGAAGCAUAAGAAAACACCAAUGGAUAUUUUUUUCCAUCCACGUGCUUUUCCUCUGGCGCGCGUGCGCGCGUGUGUGUGCUGAUGUGUGUGCGUGUUGCUGAAAAAAGACAAUCACUUGGAAGUGACGAUAUCGAAGUAUUCUGGAGUUGGGUUUUUUUUUGCCUCUGCUUUGAGCGAGUUUGCAUGAUUUUUUUAAAAACAUUUCAUUUGCUCUAUUUUUGUUGCCCUUUCACAUACGCGAAAAAAGGGGAAGAAUCGAGGAGAUUCUUUAAAAAAAAAAUACAAAAUACAAAAGUGUUUUAAAAAAGCUACAAUGUCUCAGCCGUGAACACUUGGAUGGCGGUGUGAACUGGAGCCUGGAUUUUAUUAGAAGGCCAAAGAAAGAUGGACAGAUGAAUGAAGGGGGAGAAAGAGUAAAGGAGAAAGAAGAAAGACACAGUGAUGUCAAAACUGGCUACUUGGCCAAAUGUGCCCACGUACAAAAUGGCUGCCCUCCAAAGCUUGUGCUGUGAUUGGUUGCUUAUAGAAAGUUAUCUGUAAAAGCCUUCUGUAAAUUGUGAUUGUCAAUUUCAUUCCGACCCAAAGACAUGUCUCCAUGAAGAUUUUCAACUGCAGUAACAUACAUAGAGUUAUCCGGCAACAUUCCCCACACAGGUUUAAGCUAUUUGUUGGAGACAGGCAGCCCCAGGAAGCACAUCUACAGUCAUUCAGGAGACCAUUUGGGAGUUCAACACAUCAGCCGCAAUCAAAUUAAUUCACACACUGAACUGUAAAAAAAUUAAGCGUUGUCUUAAUUUUAGUCACUGAACCAUCCGACUACAGAAUUUCUGUGUUAAUGUCUCACAAACUAUUUGGCCGUGAAUUUACUUUGCAGUGGGCACUAACAUUCCUUAAAAGGAUUAUGUGGUUCCUAUAUUUGUAAUAUUAUUCAUAUUCAGAAUAAGUGAGUUCACACAGUGACGCCAUAAAGGGAAGUGGAUUUCGUGAAAACUGUCAGUGCUGUAAGGUCGCUCUUGUCAAAACAUGUGGGCGCAUGAGUUUUCAGCACUUUGUGGGUAGGUUACAAGAUCCCUGUUUUGUUUCUUGUAUUGUGAUGUAAUCCUGAUAAGUGAUCAAGGUGUACCAAUGUUGCUGCAAGCACUCUCAGGUUUUGCAUAUUACAUCAUCGGAGGCUUGGAGCCAGUCUUCAGCAAUGAUGUAAUCGCACCUCUUGAUCAGAAGCCUUAUGGAUGUCCUUGACAUUCUGAAGAGACAGUGAAAAUAUUUGGUGAAGUCAAAUCGUGCUUUGAAGUGGUUCACACCGUGGUUAUGGUGACCAGUAAAUUGUUUGGAAGGUAUAAAGAUGUAAUGUGACUGUGGGCUAAAGGUCAGAGACCUACUGUAUGUGCACGACCCUGUGCUCAGAUUAUACUAUGAUAUGACAAGGUUUCCAGGAUUUUAAAAAGGAAUUGAAAGUAAGUUUACAGGAAUAAGAUAUUUUCCUGCUUGUUUCUGGUUUCUUUGAAUGAGAUGGGAUAAGCACAUCUGGACAGGCCAUAAAAGAAGAGUGAGCAGGACUAGGUUUUUGACUUUGAAUGUUUUUGUAUGAAUCUGAAUGGAUCUGAUAAUGUUAUUUCUAAAUAUAUUAUUUUUAAAUGUUGGUUUUUGACUGCGGAUUUCAUUGAAGGGUCAUAUGUGAAGUUGCAGAUCUUUAAAUUUUAACUCCUACCCCACUGCCAGAGAGAAAGACACCCAGCUGGUAAUUAAGAGAUCAGGCAUUUAUGUUGUCUCAAAUCCCUCUCUGCUUUGUAUUGCUUUCACUAGCAUCUGUGUGGAUUAUAAGGUGAAUUAUUAACUUCAUAAUAACUCAUCUGAUUAUUUCUAAAAUCUGUUUCUUUACCUACAGAACACCAAAAAGAGUGUUUGGCCAAGCCAUGAGUCUUUGAAGUUACUGAACCUUUACAUAAUGAAAUUUCCCAGAGUGCAGUGAGGUUAUAAACACUGUGAUCUCAGAUAAAUCGGAUCUGUAGUCCUUGUGAAAUCCUGUUAUGCAGUUACAGCUGUCCUUUGCUGACCACUGUCUCAGAGACCACUGAUUUUUUUAAGGUGAGUCACAGAGCUAACCACAUCUGGCUUCUUCUCUGGUAUCCUUCAGGAAAUGAUUCUAAGAUCAAAGUUAAAUAAUCGUAAUCUGUCCCCGUUAGUAAGCCAUUUUGCUUUUUGUGUUGUGUGGUGUGGAAAGGACUGCUUCAGUCUUGCCUUGCUUUCUCUGUGCAUACCACCUAGUCAAAGAGGUGUUCAGGGGAAAAAGAAAAAAGAUGUAGAAGAGAAAGACCGAAAAAUAAGUGGCUAGUAGAAGCUUUGAAAAAGAUCAUCGUGUUGGGCUGUUUUUGCAUCUGAUGGUCUUCCUUAGUAAAGAAAACAGGGCAGUCAGUGGAGAUGCAGGUGACAUCAUUCUUUAAACUCUCUGGUAUACUCUAGACAGCACUCCAGGGCAGAGUUUAAUUACAGUAACGAUGACAAUGAAAACCUAUUUUGUUUCAAUCACAAUUAACCUUGUUUGCCAAGGGUGGCAGAUGCGAUUGAAAUAAAUUCAAAUGCAGGCCUGAGUAGCCGUCAUCUUGAUUGUCUACAGACCAUGCAGCAUGCUAAAGAGCAGCGAUUGGCUCCAACACAGAGGGGAACGCAGUCUGCCUGGAUUUAAUCCCUUUAUUCCAGGCCGGGAAAACUGAUCUUCCUGGGUGGGGGAUGGAGGGGAAAACUGGGGCCAGGAUUAGAGGGGGAGGGGGCUGCAACCCAGGGAAAGAGAAACAUGAACUGCACCAGAUAGCCAUUUCAUCUGGGGGGGGUGAAAAGUAAGACAUAGCCAGACGUUACAAAUGUGGUUGACCAUUAACGAGCCAGAGGGUGUUAACAUCUCACAAAGGGAAUUUCUUGCAGGGAAGGAAAAGCUGAAGAAUGCUGGGAGAGUUGCCAAAAGCUAGAAAUUGUUUUGAAACUUGAAUGAUUAAUGUACGGUAGAUGCAGGUGAACACUCUUCUAUUGUGUCAAGAUGUUAACUUGUCAAAUGAAGAGGGAUGUGCGAUGGGUUACACAUCUUACCUUUCACUGUGUGUGCUUCGCAAACUGACUCACACAGUGUCCUCAGUCCUUUCAUAUUUCUUUAAAAACUGUAGCGUCUGAUGUAUGAUUUGAUUCAAAUUUUUCAACUUUAAAAAGUGGUUUCCUGCACUUUUGUGGAGCUGAAACAUAUUUCCCUUUGAUGGUACACAGGAGGUUUUUAUUAAUAGCUCAGUAUACAGCAGUGAUACUGCAGUUCUGUUCACAUGCUUAUCAGAACUGGUGCAGCAAUAUCGAUGUCAAACAAGGCGUUGUGUAAUUCAGUAUUAAAUCAAUGUCUUUCUAGCCACUUUUUAAUAAAUAUUUAAUUUUCUUUCUGCGUCACACAAUGCAUAUGUUUUAGGCCCCGCAUUGUGGUUCUAAUUUAAAGGAUUGAUUUGAUUUGUUUUUUUCAUCCUGCAUGUUGGAUCUACAGUGACAUAUCCCAGACUAAUACAGACACAAUACUGACGCUUGCACAAAAAAGAGCCCUCCUGACUGUGACUUGUCCGAACCCCCAAGGGGCUGAUGUCAGCUUCCGCUGCCGCAGAGAGAUAGUUUUGUCUAUUCAAAUAGUCAUCAUACCAUCAAAGCUUUAAUACAGGGCAACAUUUGAUUAAGUAUUAUGCUUACCGCCGAACAGAGAAAUAAAUCAGUGUUAAUAGCUUUGAUAUAAAUCACAAAGAAUACAAUGACGUGAUCCACACAUGACCUUGAGUUCAGUCACAGGCACAUCACAAACACUGCUGUCCCAUUCUUUUGUUGCCUGCAUAGUUAGUAUAUCUGCCCACUUCUCUGUACUGCAGAAAGCCUCCCCAGGCACUGAUCUAAAUGCAGAAUCUGUAUGAUAAUGUGUCCGUCUUUCUGUCAGCAUUGCAGCCCAGUCCUGUCCUCGGAGCUCAGUCUGGUUUCACGUUGUCAGAGUUCGUCAUGCUAGGAAAGGAUUGGGAAGGCAAGCUGUGGGAUAUCGGCGACUGAAAGGAAUUAUGCUUCCAGUUUAUCGUCCUGCUGUGCUCUACAAGGGGUUAAUUUGUUAACCCACUGUAAAGCCAUUAGCACAUUGGUUGUACUUCCUCUUUCACCACAAGUGAAGGGGUGUAGCGGAAGCCCAGGGGCAAUUGCCAGACAUUUGCCCCCUUGUUCUGACCUUGUGUUCAUGAUUUCCUUGCAGUCCAUUAAAAACAAGCAGGGCUUGGUUGGGAAACACUCUUUCUUCCUGAGAAAGGGCUGUUGAAAUUGGGAGAGUUUGAGCCUAAUCCCAACUUCAGUCACUGUUCCCAUAAGCCCUUGGAUAGGUGCUGAAAGGUGGAAUGCAGUAGAGAAAGUCCACAAGUCCGAAUAUUGAAAGACAACAUGGGAAAAUCCGGCAAAGGACAAUGUGAUUGUAAUGACGUUUGCAAGCAAAUGUUUUUUUCUCGGCUGUUUGAAGCUCAUUAAAAUCACACGUGUAAGGAUCUUUAUUUUGUUUGGAUUUGUGGUUUGAUAUUAUUUCGUUGUUUUUCCCUUGGAGAUUUCGUUCUGAGGUGCUCCUUGCCUCUUUAAUAAUAAAUCUCAAGGAGUGUUUUUAUAGUCGUGUGCAAACCUGUGUGAGAGGCGUUUUCUCAUGUUUUUAUUUCCAAAAGAGGCCAAGUGUGGCCACACAUGUCUGGCUUUUCAUAGACUAUUCUUUCUUCUGGAAGUCCUCGUUCAUCAUGUUUGACCAAUGUAAAUGAAGUACAUCACUCCAUUCCUUUAACAUGCGCUUGAUUGUGAAUCCAAAGUUAGUCGAUGGACAAAAAAGUAUUUAAAAGUAAAUGAAGGGAACAAAUCUAUAUUUUUAUUAAAGAUUUAAGAUAAUAAAAAAAUUAAAAGUUGUUAUCUAAUAGCCUACCUUCUCUCAGUUGUAAAAAAUAGUUCCUUUAAAUUGUGCUGUGUGGAAUUUAUUCAAUUAUCUCUGUCAUCCGGGACUGAGUUUUCAUUUUGAAAUAUUCAGAAUACCCAAGCACCGACUUUGUAGGAGCCUCCAAAAACACUGUUGAUUGUAUUUCACUUUUCAUUUCAAAUUCUGCAGUAGAGUUUGGUCACGGAGACUAAUUUAAUACCUACAUAGUAUUUUGAAUUACAUUUGACUGAUUCAGUAGAUGCCUCUCAGAAUUUCUGAGUGGUAGGAUUAUUUAAGAAUCCACGUCCAAUUGAAAAUGUGACCUUUGUAAAAUUCAACAGUGGUGGCUUGAUUUUGCUCCAUUUGAUUUUUAUCACUUUGUGGGGUGUUGACAGCCAAAUCAAGCUGCUGAAAGAUACCAAUGCUGAACUUGGGAGCUUGGAUAUUGUGAGUUUGAGGCUCCUUCCACAAGUAUUGUAACAUAUUGAGUGUUUAGUGCCAAGGAUGUAAUAUGUGUGAUCAAAUAUAUUCUUUAUUAUAUUACAAAUCUCUUGGAGGUGCUUUGGAACUCUGACGUGCCCUGCUGCUCUGAGCGGAAUUGCAGAUAGAAGAAGGAUUUGAAGAUGAACUGACUAUGAAAUAAACUUUUUUAAUAAAGAAAAAAGUGUAUA